AUGGAUUGCCGGGGCCAGGUUACACGAUCCCCGGCCGGACCGUGCACGCUCAAGGCCGGUGUUACUGGGCCCGAGCGUAAAGUACAGAACGGUAGGAAGCUGCAGCCCUGCGGAUGGGCGGGGCGAGGAGACCUAGGAGGGUUCAAAAGGAGGUGGAAGGAUACACGGGCCACAGUCGGAACUACUUUCAGGAGGAGGUCACGUGUGUUCCUAGUUGGGGAACUUUCCAAAUUCCCACUCCCCUGUGCCUGCUCCAGAGUCAAGUGCUUCUCUUCUUUGGCUCGGGGUGCCUGCCAACUGAGGAGGGCGGGAAAAGGGGUUCAGACGAGCCUCCUGCGGGAGCUCUAUAGGGAGCGGCUGGGGAGCUGGUUACACAAGCACCCACAUCCAAGCACGUGCCCCCGUCUCCACGCCCCGCUGGUGCAGACCACGGAGAAAGUCCCCAAGCUGGUCCCACCCCUCGACUGUUACCCACAGAGUAAAUCAAAGGGCCGAGACUGA